CAAAUCCUGGCAGCAACAGGGAGGGAUGGCAACAACAACAUCUUCCCUAUUGCAUUUGGUGUUGUUGACAAGGAGGAGACAGAUAGUUGGACUUGGUUUCUUACACAGUUAAGGACAAUAAUUGGUAGUGGCAACAAGUUUGGGCCCUACACAAUUAUGUCAAACAGGCAAAAGGGUCUGCUCAAUGCAAUAGAGGAUGUAUUUCCUGAUUCCCCUCAAAGAUUUUGUUUAAGACACAUAAAUGCCAACUUUCAAUCAGCUGGGUUUAGAGGGGAUGAAUUGAAAAAACAUCUAGACCAGGCUGCAUAUUCUUUCACUAAGCAUGGGCAUGAUCUGGGCAUGGAAGCAUUGAAGAAAGAGAGUGAGGAGGCAUGGAAGUGGUUGUCCAACAUACCAGUCCAUACUUGGGACAGGCAUAGAAUGGAUACUAUAUGCAAGACAGACCUUGUUGUAAACAAUCUUAGUGAAGUUUUCAAUAGGAUGAUUCUGGAUGUUAGGAACAAGCCCAUAAGGACAAUGCUUGAAGGAAUGAGGACAAAACUCAUGAUCAAGUUUCAGAAGAUUAGGGAGAAGACAGAGGCAUGUAGGUGGGAUAUCACACCCACUUACUCUGAGAUAUUGGAGGAGGCCAAGAAGUGGGCAAAAUAUUGUGAUGCAUAUAUGGCUGGACCAGGCAUUUGGCAAGUUACAAGUAGUUCAGAAAAGACCUACUGUGUAAACCUAAACAACUACACUUGUGACUGCAGGAGGUGGGAUAUGACAGCUGUUCCAUGUAGUCAUGCUAUAGCAGCAAUGCAGAAGGUGAAGCUACACCCUGAAGAUUUUGUCCAUGAGUUCUUCAAGAAGCCCCUCUACUGUGAAACCUACAAGCAUAUUAUAUACCCUGUUCCAGGCCCUGAUUGUUGGCCACACACCAUGGGGGAUGACAUAUCUCCUCCAGUAUUCAAAGAAAAGAAGGGUAAAAAGCAGACAGCUAGGAGGAAAGGACAUUUUGAGGUGCCUGCCAAGAAGGAUACAUCAAGAAUUGGGACAGUGACCUGUAGCAAUUGCAAUAUGCAAGGUCACAGAUAUACCACUUGUGGUGUUCCACUGAAACCCAAACUGCAGAUGAGAAAGAAUAAUCACCAG